UCCCGGGAGAGAGUCUCCAAGGAGGAGGAGGAGGACUCUUCCUCUUCUGGUGUUUAACUCUGCUAGCAUGGCGCAUCAACGGCCGCCUGUCUGCUUUGUUUUCCACUCGGGAAAGCCUCUGCGGACACACGCCCCGACGUGGGCGGCUUUCCCUGCCAUGUUGACUCGCUAAAGUGGGCGAAAAGAUGGCGGAGCGGUGAAAGAAGAAGAAGGUGCGCCACCCCGGCCCUGCUGUCAUGGAGGUGGGCAGCCUCCCAGUGGAGCUGUGGAGGGUGAUCUUAGCCUACCUGCCUCUCGCGGACCUGGGCCGCUGCUGCCAGGUGUGCCGCGCCUGGAGGGAGCUGGUGCUCUCCCUGGACAACACCCGCUGGAGGCAGCUGUGCCUCGGCUGCCCGGAGUGCCGACACCCCAACUGGCCCAGUCAGCCUCACCUGGAGCCCCCGUCGUGGAGGGAGGCCCUGAAGCAGCACGCCUUGGCCGCCCGCACCUGGACUCAAAACGGACCCGAGCACCAGUCGUCGGCCUGCUUGCUGCUGUUCCGGCGCAGGAAGGACCGCAGGGUUUGGCAUGUGGGAGCCGGGUUGGAGUUCGAGACCCUGAGAGGAGCGCUGGGGGUGGCGGGGCCUUACGACCGCUUGGUUCUCCAUCCCGGGGUGUACGAGGAGCAGGCUGAGGUGGCCCUGAAGGUGCCCGUGGAGCUGGUUGGACUGGGCGCACUGGGCGAGGUAUCCCUCCUGAUGUGUAUGGAGCAGCAGUGCCCGACUGCCAGACUGGUUAAUCUGGUCUUCAUGCCACCUUGGUUCUCCACUGUGGUCUACAAGACCUCAUGGGGUCACGUCCAGCUGGACAACUGUAACUUUGAGGGGGCUCAGCUGCAAGUCCGCGGGCCCGGGACUUGCCAGGCCCGCUUUUGCUCCUUCUCAAAGGGCAGCUCGGUGCACCUGCUGGGCGUGGCCCUCAGCUUGCUGGACAGCUGCGACUUCUCCGGGAGCGACACGGCCUCCGUGACCGUGGAGGGCCCCCCGGUGUCCGAGAAGAACUGGGCUUGUAAGUACAUGGCCGCCCUGGCCAGGACGGUCUCGCCGUGCGGCGUUAUUAAAAGCGGCCCGCAUAGAGGAAGCGGUUCCGAGGGUGCUGUUAAAAAGGAGGACUGGCAGAGGGAGAACGGCGUGGAGGCGGCAGGGCAGGGCACCGUGAUCAAAGAUGCUUGGAGCGACGGUGAAGAAGAGGGCAGCAAGGACGGAGAAGGGACCAAAAACCCUUCAACUCUGGGUUACAGAAUCCCUUAUGACAACCACGGCCUGUCCCACUUACUGAAGGCCCGUCCAGACGGGUCCUUCCCAUCAUCCUCCUGCCCGAACCCCCCGUGUGCGCCUCCGGAACCUCUCACGAUUCAGCAGGAACUGGAGCGGGACCCCGAGGCUCAGAUGUUUGUGUCAUCUACCCUCGGCUGCAUCGUACGCCGUUGCCUCUUUCGUGAGGGCAAAGGAGGAGUGCACCUGUCCAACUACGGACAAGCGCGACUGGAGGACAACGUUUUCCGCUGUCUCAACUACGGAGUCCGAUGCAUCCAGAAUUCAAUAAUCGUGAUGCGGCGGAACGAGGUGUGCGAGUGUCGAGCGUCAGGCGUGUUCCUGCGUCUGUCGGCUCAGGGACUCAUCGCCGAGAACGACAUCCACUCAAACGGGGAGGCCGGGCUGGACAUUAGGAAAGGCGCCAACCCCAUCAUUGUGUGCAACAAAAUCCACAGCGGCUUGCGCUCGGGUGUUGUGGUGCUGGGCAACGGAAAAGGGUCGCUUCGAAGCAACCACAUCUAUAACAACAAGGAAGCAGGCGUGUACAUCCUCUUCAGCGGGAACCCCGUGGUCUGCGGGAAUCAUAUCUUCCAAGGGCAGGCAGCUGGCAUCGCUAUAAACGAGAACGGCAGAGGGCUGAUAGCAGAGAACGUGAUCAAGGAGAACCAGUGGGGCGGCGUGGACAUCCGCAGGGAGGGAGACCCCAUACUGAGGAACAACUACAUCUGUCAGGGCUACUCUGACGGCAUCGUGGUGGGCGAGCGCGGCCGUGGACUCAUCGAGGGAAACCACGUGUACGGCAACAAAGGGUGCGGCGUGUGGGUGAUGUCAUCCAGCCUCCCCCAGCUGGUGGGCAACUACAUCACCCACAACUGCAUGUACGGCCUGGCCGUCUUCUGCAGGAAGGACCCCGACAACACGGAGAGAAACUGGGCGGGGCCCGAGGGCGACAGGAGGGGCAUGGUGGAGGAAGACGAGCAGGAGAACCUCCACGAGGAAGGGGAGCUCUUCGCCUGGGACAGCGACCUAGACAGCGAGGACGAGCGCCAUUCGGCACGCCGCUCCGUCAGCGUGGCGCUGGUGGAGAGCAACUGUAUGAGCUUCAAUGGAGCCGUCGGGCUGUACGUGAAAACCAGCGAGCCGCUCAACGUUUUCGCCAACCUGGUGAACCGUAACCGGGGCGUGGGCGUGGCCGUGCUGCAGAGCAGUCAGCUGACCCGCCUGGUGACCAACUGCGUUCUGGAAAACAGCCGAGGGGGCGUGACGGUGGAGAAGGACUGCCGUGCCGAGCUGCGGGGUAACGGCAUCUACCAGAACGACGGCCACGGCGUCAACUUCAGCGGGAUGGGACAGAUGCUGGAGAACGACGUGGUCGGCAACAGCGGCUACGGCAUCCAGGUGUCGGGGAACGGCGACGUCAAGGUCCUCCACAACCGAGUGCAGCCAGCGCUGGGCUGUGGCAUCGCCCUGCUGGGCUCGGUGAAAGCUCUGGUGUCAGACAACCAGCUGUUCCAGGGCCACCCUGAGAGCCAGAAGAGUCUCCUACACCUGAACCCCGGCAACAAGAGCUGCGUGUUACGCAACAACAGUAUUUCACGACACGACAGCAGCUGCACCUCCGUCCCACCCUGGGUUCUGGAAAACCCUUCUCCUCGUCCCCCGGCCAGCUCACCUUCGGGACUGUCCUCCUCCCAGUACUCCUCCCGACUGGGCAUCUCCAUGACGACCAGGAUCAGCGCCACCGUGGAGAACGGUUGCCACAGCGGCAGCAUGUUCUGCUCCGUCCUGUGAUGACACUCUGCAGACAACAUGGUCUCAAAGAAGGACUGGACUGUGGAACCUCCAAAGUCAAACACAAAGAUGUGAAAAAAUAAAACUAAUCACCAUUUGAAGAC